GAAAGAUGAGCUGUUCCCGCCGCCACUCCAGCCGCUCCAGCUCCGCUCCGGAGGCUUCUCAGAGGACUGGGGCCCUCGGGCAGCCCCGUUGGACCAGGGAGCCACAGAGGUGCCCGCACUUGUGCUCCGGACAAGUCAGUCCGGGCAAGCCCUCACUCACGUCCCCCUCUGAGUCCAUAUGUUCCCUGCCUGGAGGAGACCAAUGUUCCAGUCUAUUCAUGAGGACGCCGUGCCCACCACUGCCUCUUUCAGUGCCGAGAUGUUCAACAUCACCUCGGAAGUCCUUGACCCUACUCUCAACGGGACCCUUCCCCACAGCGGCAGCUGCAUCCACUCCGACUGGUGGAGCUGGCUCAAUGCCAUCCAGUCCCCCUUCCUCUGGGUCCUCUUCAUACUGGCCACUCUCGAGAACGUCUUUGUCCUCAGCGUCUUCUGCCUGCACAAGAGUAGCUGCACGGUGGCGGAGAUCUACCUGGGCAACCUGGCCGUGGCAGACCUGCUCUUGGCCUCUGGGCUGCCCUUCUGGGCCAUCACGAUCGCCAAUAACUUUGACUGGCUCUUUGGGGAAGCGCUGUGCCGCCUGGUGAACACCAUGGUCUACAUGAAUCUCUACAGCAGCAUCUGCUUCCUCAUGCUGGUGAGCAUCGACCGCUACCUGGCCCUGGUGAAGACCAUGUCCAUGGGCCGGAUGCGCGGGGUGCGCUGGGCCAAGCUCUACAGCCUGGUGAUCUGGGGCUGCACGCUGCUGCUGAGUUCGCCCAUGCUGGCCUUCCGGACCAUGCGGGAGUACACGGCCGAGGGCCACAACGUCACGGCCUGCAUCAUCAUCUACCCGUCCCGCAGCUGGGAGGUCUUCAUCAACAUCCUCCUGAACUCCGUGGGCUUCCUGCUGCCGCUCAGCGUCAUCACCUUCUGCACCGUGCAGAUAAUGCGCGUGCUGCGCAACAACGAGAUGCAGAAGUUCAAGGAGAUCCAGACGGAGAGGAAGGCCACGCUGCUGGUCCUGGCCGUGCUGCUGCUGUUCAUCGUCUGCUGGCUGCCCUUCCAGAUCAGCACCUUUCUGGACACGCUGCAGCGCCUCCACGUGCUCUCCAGCUGCUGGGACGAGCACGUGAUCGACGUCUUCACGCAGAUCGCGUCCUACGUGGCCUACAGCAACAGCUGCCUCAACCCAGUGGUGUACGUGAUCGUGGGCAAGCGCUUCCGCAAGAAGUCGCGGGAGGUGUAUGGGCGGCUGUGCCCGCAAGGGGGCUGCGGGUCGGAGCCCAGCCAGACGGAGAACUCCAUGGGCACGCUGCGGACCUCCAUCUCAGUGGAACGCCAGAUUCACAAACUGUCGUAGGGGGUGGGGAGCAGCCAGUGAGCAGAUGUCACCAGGGCUACCAACAUGUGUGACAAUUGAUGGAGAGUGGUUCUCAGGAUGUGCCCCAGGAGGAACGGAAGGCCUCUCAAGUGUGACCUUGGGCAGCGAGUGGGUGUCUCCGGUAAAUUCCCGCCUGGCCCAAGUUGCAGGUUAACAAGGCUGUGAGGUUGGAAUGAUCUGGUGCACAGCCAAGGGCUCCAGAAACACGACAGUAUUAUCGUUCUUAUUUACUGCCACCUCUAGACCAGUCUGCUGCUUCCCAGGAGUGGAAGGUGCCUGAGGGCAGAGACAGAGACACCGAGCAUCCCUCCCACGUGGUGUCCCACCCUGCCCCAGCAUGACAGCUCAGACCUCCAGAAACGCCACCCAGGGUUGGUGCAGCGGCUGAGUGCCCACAAGGGCCUGGCUGAAGUUUUGCCUUGGGUUUCUUUAUUCCGCUCAGCUAGGAUUGUGGAGGAUGAUUUCUCAGGUUAAUGAAGGUUAAACUCUGAGAGAUCCACAGUGAGAACUCGGAGACCAGGAUUCGUUCGUUCCCCUCACAGAAAGACAAGUGGUCUGUGCCAAAGAAGAACCCAAUAAGCACUUAUCCAGCACUUGCUGUAUACGCAGUAUUGAGCACUGUGGGCAAGAAGAAGAAAGUACAGUCUCCGCCUUGCAGGAACUUGCAGACUCGCGUGGGGAUGGUUCGGCACCUGCAACCACCAGAAGGCUGUUCUAGACGAGGUCAAGCAAGGCACUGAGGGCGGGGCAGAGCCGAGGGGUGAGGAGCCGACGCCCCAGCUCAGCCUCUAACUAGUUGCUCGUGGCUGUGUCCCUGCCUCGGUUUCCUCCUCUAUAACACGAGGCUGUUGUGGGGAUUAAAGGAGGCAACGGGCAUAGAAGUACUUUGACAAAUGAAAGGUGCUAUGUAAAUGUGAGGCGAUUUGUGCCCACAGAAUGGGAAUACAGUUGUUAUAAAGGAGAAGGACACAGGUUCAGCAAAACGUCUGUAGAAGAGAAUCGGUAUUGUAGCUCAUGGGUGUAGCUAAAGCACCCAGCAGUGUCUAACACGUACUAGGUCCUCAAUAUGUUAGCUUCCUUCCACCACCUGUCGGUCCCAUCAGUAUGGGACACACACACACACACACACACACACACACACACGUGCACCACAAGCAUGUUCAAGGAAGGGCGCCCCUUCAAUGGGGGUGGGAGAACGCCCUCCCCAACCCGCCUCCAGCAGGUCUUUUGCCCAAAGAAGCAAUUGCAGAGGGGUUCGCGGCUCUGCCUCCUGUGGGCGGGGCAGGGGCAGGGCAAUGGGCGGGUCGUU